AACGGUUGACUUACGAUACAUCAUUCUGCGCAGCUUAUGCUGCAGCAAGGGAUUCAUUGUUUUUCAAGCUAGUGUUUUACACUGCAUGCAACGCACCUGACAUAAGUGCAAGAAGGUUCAAGUUUCUUGAAAAGCUAUAGGGACCACGCACGAGACAAAAACAUUAAAAGAGAAUGGAAUUCCACUACAAUUCUUUUUACUUUUUGUACCUGUGGGCGUUGUUUUGUCAUGGCAAAAAACAUAAUGUGGCCCAAAAACCAAAUACACAUAGCAUGGAGAAUGAUGUGAAAACGGUACUGGGCUCCAAGUACCUGAUCAUAAGCCGCGGAGUUUUCACCCUGGAGAACUAUCCGCGGUGUGUCAUCUCUCGAGCAAUAAAUGUUUUGGCGGCUGGAUACCACCACAAUUUAAGCUAUUACGAAAAGGACUUAAAGAUGGCCACAGAACUUCGAAAGCGUGUAUAUCUAGAUGCCUACUAUCAGGUGCAGCAAAAAAAUCAAAUGGUACUGUUUGUCGUCAACGCUCAUAUGGGUAAUCAUGUACAGGAACCCAAAAUAUCCGGAAGCUACUAUACCUUGUAUGCUAACAAAGGGUGCUUCGUCGCUGGAACACAGUUACCGGGUAAUACGUCGAAUGUUGUCAGCAACACAUUCAGUAGUCCCAAAGGUAAUAUGUCGAAUGUAAUCAGCAACACAUUCAGCAGUCCCAAUGCGAACGCAGCUUGUUUUGUGUGGAGAGUAAUAAAAGCGAAGGAAUCUCAUAGAGCUCAGUGCAGGGCGGCCUUCGCAAACUUUUGUCGCACAUACGGUGGACAUAAGUUUGUAUUCACCAAGGAGGCAUGUCUCAAGAAAUAUUCUAAAAAUGAACCUUUGCCGGCAAUAAAACAAGGACUGGAAUAAAAUUUGAGUCACCUGCUAAA